AUAAUGCAACUUGUAUGCUUAACAAUUUUGUCAUAAAAGGUUAAUAUCUAACAUAUUUUGGUGAUGGCAAAGAGUAAACUGUACUUCUUUUGGGUCUUAUCAGUUUGCUUAGCAUUAAGGAUUGAAUCAGCUCCACAAGAUGCUCUCAUCACACAACUGCCUGGCUUCAAUGGAACUUUCCCUUCCAAACAUUAUGGAGGGUAUGUGAGCUUUGAGGAGAAGAAUCUUUUCUAUUAUUUCAUUGUUUCUGAGAGAAAUCCAUCCGAAGAUCCUGUGGUCUUAUGGCUGAAUGGAGGACCUGGCUGCUCUAGCUUCGAUGGAUUUGUCUAUGAACAUGGGCCAUUUAAUUAUGAAGAGGGGCAGCCGAAAGGAAGCCUGCCGAUGUUGCAUGUCAAUCCAUAUAGUUGGUCCAAGGUUUCAAACAUUAUUUAUUUAGACUCUCCUUGUGGGGUUGGCCUUUCUUACUCUAAUAACACAAAUAAAUAUACAACCGACGAUUGGCAUACUGCUGUUGAUACACAUACUUUCCUUCUUAAGUGGUUUAACAUAUACCCAGAGUUCGUAAAGAAUCCAUUUUAUAUUUCGGGGGAGUCUUAUGCUGGAAUUUAUGUGCCUACUCUUGCUUUUGAAGUAGUGAAAGGAAUAAAAUCUGGAGUACAACCCAGUAUUAAUUUCAAGGGUUACCUGGUGGGUAAUGGAGUUACGGAUACUGAUUUUGAUGGCACUCUAAUUUCUCUUGUUCCCUUUGCACAUGGAAUGGGACUCAUCUCAGAUAAUAUUUAUGAGGAUGUUCAAGCUGCUUGCUAUGGAAAUCACACUGGUCCGGGUGACGAUUGCCCUACAAGCGUCGACAAAGUUUACGAGGCACUCGCAGGCCUAAACAUAUAUGACAUCCUGGAACCUUGCUACCACGACCCAAGUGUGUAUAAAGAUGGGAAAGGAAAUAGAAGCUCAGUGCCUGUGAGUUUCCAGGAACUAGGGGUUACAGAGAAGCCUCUCAGGGUUCGGAAGAGAAUUUAUGGCCGUGCUUGGCCACUUCGUGGCCAGCUUACUCCUGGCACUUUAUGGCACCAAGUCGCUGCACAAGGAAGUGUCAUGUGCUUUAAUGAUGAAGUGGCAACUGCAUGGCUAAAUGAUGAUACAGUAAGGAAAGCCCUUCAUGCUGAAUCGAAAUCAAUUGCUGGUUCAUGGGAGUUAUGUUCGAGUAGAAUAAGUUAUUCCAGGUUCAGCUCUGGAAGUAUGAUCCCAUACCACAAGAACCUUACCAUCCAAGGAUAUCGAGCACUUAUAUACAGUGGAGACCAUGACAUGUGUGUGCCUUUCACUGGGACUCAGGCAUGGACCAGAUCACUUGGGUAUAAGACAGUUGAUGAAUGGAGGUCUUGGACAUCUGAUGAUCAAGUUGCUGGGUACUUGCAAGGAUAUGAUUACAACUUCACCUUCCUAACAAUUAAGGGUGCAGGGCAUACAGUUCCUGAGUACAAGCCAAGAGAAUCGCUGGACUUCUAUAGCCGUUGGUUGGAUGGAAAACCAAUAUAGCUUGUUAACAAGAAAUUGCCCUACUCGUUAAUAAAUUUUCUUAAUCUUCUCUUCAUUGCCAAAAAUGAAAGAACACUUCAUCAGUGUUGAUGGCAGAGUAAGAUGUUGGAUUUGAGUCCCUUAUUAGAGUAGGAUGAAUAUGUCCCUCUCGCUUCCCUCAUUAGUAAAAAUGAUAUUAAAUGUUAUAAGGUUUAAAUUUUUUUGAA